GUGGCACCAAAGGCUUUGGUUCCCCCGUGCUGCUGCCAGACCUCUCACAGCUGCUGUGGUGUAUCCCAAGUAUGUGACAGACACACCACCUCAGAGCUUGGGAAGUGUCAGCCGACAGAGCUGGGUGCUUUGCCUUGGCAGGGUGGGAGUAGGCGGUCACUUCUUCCAUUGCCGCGCGCUGGUAUGACAAGGGCCUUUCAAAAUGCUUCAGAAUUUGGAAUCCCUUGUCCUCUGGUUUACUUCUGUCUUCCAUGUUGAAGCUUUCCAGCCUCUGGGCUACUCACAAUUUCCCUGUGCUUCUGGGCACAGUGAGUGUGCUGGUGGCUGUCGGCACACUGAUACGCUGGUGCUGAGCUGAUAGCUGGCACAUGCUGGCACUGCUUGGUUUGAGCCAGCACUCUGUUCCUCAGGUGGUGGUCGCUGCUGCAGUGGGCUUCGCAGCACCCAUGGGAGGGCUGGCAGGGUGCAUAGGGUCUGCAGAAAGGGACAGCAUAGCAGUAGGGAAACAUAGCUCCUGAUUUAGUUCUUUGGCUGCAGUUGUUACUAAGGAUAAUGGCUGUAGCUGGGAUUGUGGGUACUGUUCACUUCCUGUUCUCCUGUCGCUGUGACUUCUGUGUCCCAGCAGCUAGUGUCUUGGCAGCUUUCCUCCAGGCUGUGGAGUUAUGUACAGGCAUUUCUCUCCCAUUGGUCUCAGAGGAGGAGAAAAUUCCUUAAGGACACAGAAAGCAUUUCUGCCAGCUGUGCCUGCUCUGGUUAUUUGCUGUCAGCCAAGCAUGCAUGGCUGCUGCCUUGAACUGGGAAGGACACAGUUUAGGAAACCAAGAUGUGCUGCCUCCUCAUAAGGGAGUCAUCAGGCUUUUUACAUAGGGUUUUAGGUGUAAAUCAGCAUUCAGGUGGUUAGCUAAGUAGGCAGACUUGUUUAAAUGGUGUCUUGUCCCUAAGAAAGUGCGUUUCCAGGCCUGGCUUGUUUGGUUUGUUGCCAAGGAAUGCUUAAGGGAGGCCCUGAAAACAUUUGCUAUGUAACUGAGUAGUUUCUGAAAUGCCCAGCAGCUGCUGGCGAGCAGUCCGCGGAGCGCUGUUUGUGACAGCUUGAGCGCAUCCACACUGUGGCUGCUGCAUGCUCUCCUGCCUUUCCUCUGGUGCCAGCCCUGCCCACCUUGUGCUGUGUUGUUCACGUGGUUGCUGGCUCAAAUAACUGAUAAUGGGAAGGAAGGAGCUAGUGCUGUGCUGCUCUGAUGGCUUGGGCUGCUGUGCGCCUGCUGAAGUGCUCUGUGCUGCUCAGAGUGGGUUUGCAGGGCUGCUGCCUCCAGGAGGGAUGCUCCUUCCAUCCUCAAGAAAUUUGUGCUGGCUGAGCUGUGCUGGUGCUGCCAGGUGAGGCUGUGUGCGCACGGACUUCAGCAGGAUUUGAAACUCACCAGUGCAUAUGUGAGUGUGCCAGGUGCGGGAGCAGUAUGUGGAGUUGCAGUGUACCUGUGAGGCGAUACAUGAUUUGAGUGAGUGCUCCACGAAGCUCAGUCAGUCCUUCCAGCAGUUCAGGUGUUACUUGGUUUGUAGUAUAGAGGCACUAUGUACUCAGAGUGGAGAUCCUUGCAUCUUGUCAUUCAAAAUGAUCAGGGUAAUACCAGUGUACUUCACAGCUAUCCUGAAAGUGUGGGGAGAGAAGUGGCAAAUGCAGUGGUGCGUCCUCUUGGGCAAGCUCUAAUCACAUCGUCGGUUGGAAGUGAGAGUUUGCUGAAAACAGACAAAGAAGUAAAAUGGACUAUGGAGGUAGUUUGUUAUGGACUGACCCUCCCUCUGGAUGGCGAUACUGUGAAAUACUGUGUCGACGUAUAUACAGACUGGAUUAUGGCUCUUGUAUUACCUAAGGACUCAAUUCCUUUACCAGUUAUUAAGGAACCAAAUCUUUAUGUUCAAAGCAUUCUCAAACAUCUCCAAAAUCUCUUUGUACCAAGACCAGACCCUGGAUCUAGUCAGAUUAGACUGUGCUUGCAAGUUUUGAAAGCGGUCCAGAAACUGGCUCGUGAAUCAACAAUUAUGGCGAGAGAAACCUGGGAGGUUUUGUUAUUAUUUCUUCUUCAGAUUAAUGACACUCUUCUAGCGGCUCCAACUGUGCAAGGUGGCAUUGCUGAAAAUCUGGCAGAAAAGUUAAUUGGCGUGCUGUUUGAGGUGUGGUUACUGGCCUGUACACGGUGCUUUCCAACACCGCCUUACUGGAAAACUGCCAAAGAGAUGGUGGCCAACUGGCGACAUCACCCUGCAGUUGUGGAGCAGUGGAGCAAGGUCAUCUGUGCUCUUACUUCCAGAUUGCUGCGUUUUACAUAUGGACCUUCAUUUCCUCCAUUUAAAAUUCCUGAAGAAGAUGCUUGUCUGAUUCCUCCUGAAAUGGACAAUGAGUGCGUCGCACAAACUUGGUUUCGCUUUCUACAUAUGCUGAGUAAUCCUGUGGAUUUGAGUAACCCAGCCAUUAUUAGUUCUACCCCCAAAUUUCAGGAGCAGUUUCUGAAUGUGAGUGGGAUGACUCAAGAACUGAAUCAAUACCCCUGCCUUAAGCAUCUGCCUCAAAUAUUCUUCCGUGCCAUGCGUGGGAUCAGCUGUUUAGUGGAUGCAUUCCUAGGCAUUUCACGACCCCGGUCGGACAGUGCACCGCCCACGCCAGUAAAUAGGCUGAGCAUGCCCCAGAACACUGCUAUCAACACGACUCCACCCCAUAACCGAAGGCAUCGGGCAGUGACUGUGAAUAAAGCAACGAUGAAAACCAGCACUGUAACUACUGCACAUGCUUCGAAAGUGCAGCACCAACCGUCCUCUACUUCUCCGCUCUCUAGCCCAAACCAGACAAGUUCUGAGCCACGGCCACUGCCAGCUCCUCGCAGGCCAAAGGUUAACAGCAUCUUGAACCUCUUUGGAUCAUGGUUAUUUGAUGCAGCAUUUGUUCACUGUAAACUUCAUAAUGGAAUAAACAGAGACAGCAGCAUGACUGCUAUAGCAACUCAAGCUAGUGUGGAGUUUCGCCGGAAAGGAUCCCAAAUGUCCACAGAUACAAUGGCUUCCAACCCUUUGUUUGAUGCCAGUGAAUUCCCAGACAACUAUGAAGCAGGAAGGGCAGAGGCGUGCGGGACACUGUGUAGGAUAUUUUGUAGCAAGAAGACUGGGGAGGAAAUAUUACCAGCUUACUUAUCCCGAUUUUACAUGCUUUUAAUUCAGGGUUUGCAGAUAGCAGAUUUCGUCUGCCACCCCGUUCUUGCCAGUGUUAUUCUGAACUCCCCUCCUUUGUUCUGCUGUGACCUGAAAGGAAUUGAUGUCGUGGUUCCGUAUUUCAUUUCGGCUCUUGAAACUAUUUUACCUGACAGAGAACUCUCAAAGUUUAAAAUCUAUGUAAACCCCACAGAGCUAAGAAGAGCUUCGAUUAACAUCUUGCUGUCUUUGCUGCCUCUCCCUCAUCAUUUUGGAACCAUAAAAUCGGAGGUUGUCCUGGAAGGGAAAUUCAGCAAUGAUGACAGCUCAACGUAUGAUAAACCAGUAACCUUCCUUUCCUUGAAGCUGAGGCUUGUGAAUAUACUUAUAGGAGCUUUGCAAACUGAAACAGAUCCCAACAACACUCAAAUGAUACUAGGUGCAAUGUUGAAUAUUGUUCAAGACUCAGCACUGUUAGAAGCCAUUGGCUGUCAAAUGGAAACGAAUGGUGGUGAAAAUAACCUCUUCAAAAGCCACAGUCGUACUAACAGUGGCAUUAGUACUGCAAGUGGAGGCAGUACGGAGCCGACGACACCAGACAGUGAACGACCAGCGCAAGCCCUUCUAAGGGAUUAUGCUCUUAAUACAGAUACGGCUGCAGGACUUCUGAUACGCAGCAUUCAUCUGGUAACCCAAAGGCUUAACUCACAGUGGAGGCAGGACAUGAGCAUCUCACUGGCUGCGUUGGAACUUCUCUCUGGAUUGGCAAAGGUGAAAGUGGUUGUUGAUUCCUCUGAUCAAAAGCGAGCUAUUAGUUCUGUGUGCAGCUACAUAGUGUUCCAGUGCAGCCGGCCAGCCCCACUCCACUCCCGUGACCUUCACUCUGUGAUAGUUGCAGCUUUCCAGUGCCUCUGUGUCUGGCUCACCGAGCACCCUGACAUGCUGGAUGAGAAGGAUUGUUUGAAAGAGGUACUGGAGAUUGUGGAGCUGGGUAUUUCAGGAAGUAAAUCCAAGAGUAGUGAACAAGAGGUCAAGUACAAAGGAGAUAAGGAGCCAAACCCUGCAUCCAUGAGAGUGAAGGAUGCUGCUGAAGCUACGUUAACAUGUAUUAUGCAGUUACUUGGAGCAUUCCCUUCUCCCAGCGGCCCUGCUUCCCCUUGCAGCUUAGUGAAUGAAACCACAUUAAUUAAAUAUUCUCGCCUACCCACCAUAAACAAGCAUAGUUUCCGUUACUUUGUUCUGGAUAAUAGUGUCAUCCUCGCCAUGUUGGAGCAACCUCUAGGGAAUGAACAAAAUGACUCUUUCCCCUCUGUCACGGUUUUGAUCCGUGGGACAUCUGGAAGAUUUGCAUGGGCCCAGCAACUCUGUCUUUUACCAAGAGGAGCUAAAGCAAAUCAAAAGACUUUUGUACCAGAACGUCGACCAGCUCCUAAAAAUGAUGUUGGGCUGAAAUACAGUGUGAAGCACCGCCCUUUUCCUGAGGAAGUGGACAAGAUCCCGUUUGUGAAAGCAGACUUAAGCAUUCCUGAUUUACAUGAAAUUGUGAAUGAGGAGCUUGAAGAGCGACAUGAGAAGCUGAGGAAUGGCAUGGCCCAGCAGAUUAUUUUUGAGACUUCCAUAGAUCAGAAAAGUGAAGAGGAGUGGCGUAAGAAGAGUUUUCCUGAUCCAAUCACAGAGUGUAAGCCCCCACCGCCGGCACAGGAGUUCCAGACAGCACGCCUGUUCCUCUCCCACUUUGGGUUUCUAUCACUAGAGGCGUUGAAGGAGCCUGCUAACAGUCGUCUACCUCCUCACCUGAUUGCACUUGACUCUACUCUGCCUGGGUUUUUUGAUGACCUUGGGUACUUGGAUUUACUACCUUGUCGUCCUUUUGAUACUGUUUUCAUUUUCUACAUGAAGGCAGGCCAGAAGACAAGCCAGGAGAUCCUGAAGAACAUGGAGUCUUCCAGAAUUGUUCAGCCGCACUUCCUGGAGUUCUUGCUGUCUCUUGGCUGGUCUGUCAAUGUGGGGAAGCAUCCUGGGUGGACUGGGCACGUCUCCACAAGCUGGUCCAUCAACAGCUGCAGCGAUGAAGAGGGACCUGAACAAGAUGAUGUAAUAAUUUCGGAAGAUAUGGGAGCAAGUAUCUUCAAUGGGCAGAAGAAGGUGCUGUAUUACGCUGAUGCCCUGACAGAAAUAGCGUUUGUUGUCCCAUCACCAGUGGAGUCCCUAACUGAUUCACUGGAAAGCAAUGUGUCUGAUCAAGAAAGUGACUCUAACAUGGAUCUGCUGCCAGGAAUAUUAAAACAGCCAUCCUUGACACUUGAACUCUUCCCCAAUCAUACAGACAAUCUUAAUUCCUCUCAGCGGCUCAGCCCUACUUCCAGAUCCAAGAGGGUGCCUCAGGGCCGGACCAUUCCACCAAUGGGACCUGAAACCAAAGUGUACGUGGUCUGGGUUGAACGUUAUGAUGAUAUAGAAAACUUUCCCCUCCCUGAUCUGGUGUCUGAGACUAGCACUGGCGUAGAAACUACGGCCAACAGCAGUGCUUCCCUGAGAUCUACCAUUCCCGAGAAAGAAGUUCCUGUGAUCUUCAUCCAUCCUUUAAACACCGGCUUAUUCAGGAUAAAACUACAAGGAGCAACCGGGAAAUUCAACAUGGUUAUCCCGUUGGUGGAUGGGAUGAUAGUCAGUAGGAGAGCUCUUGGUUUUUUAGUGAGGCAAACAGUAAUAAAUAUUUGUCGGAGAAAGAGGCUGGAGAGUGAUUCAUACAACCCCCCCCACGUCCGCCGAAAACAGAAAAUCGCAGACAUUGUCAAUAAAUACCGCAACAGGCAGCUGGAGCCUGAAUUUUAUACCUCGCUUUUCCAGGAGGUUGGGCUCAAGAACUGCAACCCCUAGGCCAUUAUCCUCCCCGGACAAUUAGAUCAGAGCUUGGUGGCUACAGUAAUGAGAACAGUUAAAUAACAACAAAUUUCCUCAGCCCUCCGGAAUUCAGGAAACCGUAUUUUAGCACAAGUCAGCAGAUACUGUGUGGGAGGAAUGAGAAACGAAUCCAAAACAUUGCAGUUGGGAUAUUGACUCAAUUCACCUACCCUCGAAAGAUUACUUAAUGCCAGUCUUUCUGGAUGCUCGCAACAUAAUCUCUUCACGCAGCCAUCUAUUCCAGACUAAUUAAGAACCGUGUCUCGUUCUGUAAGAAGAAAACAAUCAAAACAAAAGCAUCUCUGCACUUAAGUACGAAGAACACAAUACAAACAAACCUGCCUUCAGACAUCUCGCUGUGCCCACUUGCUGGAGGAGAGAGGAGCAGGAUCUCUCCUUGAGGAGGGAAUCUAUUUCUGAGCGCUGGCUGUCCCCACAAGAACUUCAGGAGAAGUUUCCGACCCCCUUCAGCGUUCUUCAGAAGUUACAUCACUGCUUGAAACCGAUUUGUACGCCACGAGGAGGAAAGCUGCUCGGGAACAUCAGGUCGCCAAAUGCAUCACCAAGAUGCUGUAUUUUACAGUACCCCCUGUCUGUGCACGCGGCGCUUCUGUCACCCAGGGAACAGACACAGCGGAGGGACCUGACUUUCAAACACACCUUCUUACCAGAUAAGAGUUCUUGGUUCUAUGUAAACGAGGUUAUGACUUUCAGGUCUGUUGCAAAAUGUCGCGUUUAAUUUUAGUGGCUUGAUUUUAUUUUUUUUAUGCAACUGAUUAUGUUGAAAUGUCUCUAUCGCUGUGUCAUCCUUUUCAUUAAAUGUGCAAACAUCUCCUGCUUUCCUUGCGCUGGGCUGAAAUCUGAGGUUCUGGGGCUGCCUCCUGCCUGACAUUACAUUCAUCGAAUACGCAGUUUUCGCAGCUUCUGCGCUUUUCAGAAGCUCCUAUUCCACAGACUAUAAAACAAUUGGAACAGAAAAGUCAAGAACUCUUUCCAUUAACUUGCCAUUCCAUGGAAAGUCUAUUUGGAGUUGUAAGUUAAAAUUGUUUUGAAGCUACUCUGCUUUCUCGGCAGCGGUGAUUCCCCUUCACCUAGGUCAGAAGUUUUCCCCCGAGCCGCUGGUGUCUCCCUUGGCCCAGCUCAGGCACAUGGGUGGGUCGUUGGCUCACCCCAGAGGAAACAGACCGGCAUGGCUUCGGUUCUCUGACCGCGGGCAGCUUCCGUUCAAGCGCUGCUUCCUCUGUGGCCGCCCUCCGGCUGCCGAGCUCCGAGCUGACAAGCCGCCCCCAGGCUGUGCUGGGAAAAGAUGUUUACAACUACACUUUAAUGCUGGGAAUAUGAAAGCUGCAGUGGGCACUGGUGUUCUCAGGAGUGCUUUCAGGCCCCCAGCGCCAUCCUGCCUUGUGUGGCAGUAAUGAGUCAUCACUGAUGCUCCUGUGUAGGUGCAGCCUGCGAUCGCUGGCAGUGCACGUGUUCUUUUCCUUCCAGUAAGUAGGUAGUAGGAGAGCAUAAACGUAAGCAGGAAUUUGUGGAGCUCCUCAAGUUAUGACAAAGUGUUUCUCGGAAGCUUUUUAAUAUGCAUUGCAGUAAUGCCUGUGAGUCACUUAACUUUGAUAUUUCAUUUACUUUUUGCAACAAUUCCGACCUGAAACAGUCUUACUUGUUUCAUUACAGCUUCCCUGCUGAGGAUGUGCCCUGCUCCCGGCUGCGUGUGGCUUUUCAGAGAGGUCAUGCACACAAAGGCCCCUCAAAAUGCGUGCACGGGGACGUGCAGGGUGUCAGCCGACGGGUGCUGGGUGGCAGAAGCGCUUGCUGCAGGGGCAGGCACACUGGCCUCUCAGGAGGUUUUGAGCCAGAUGAAUCACAAACGGAAAAAUGAAACCACAUCAUGAAAUCACUGUAGCAGUGAGCAGGGACGCUGGCUGUGCUGCGCUGCCCUGGUUGCGAGGGGCAGCAGGUGUUGCCGGUCAGCGCGGGGUCUGGCGGCAGAGCCGAGGAGGGGGCCUUGGCCUCAUCUCUCUGCUCAGCUCUUGCCUGUGUCUGUUUAAUGCACAGACACUAAAUUUACCCACGUUGUGUAUGUACCUAUUGGAUCUAAGUAAUGGCCGAACACACUUUAGUCCACUGACUUAAAAGGCAUGGCCAGUGCAUGUGUAACAAAAAGAAACAUACAGAGCGAUCAACUGUUUGCACAUCUUCAGCAACUUAAAACCCAUAUACCAUAGCUGUGAGUGUGUGUCACAUGCAAAACCAUUGGUUUAUAUCCCAGUGAGCUGCAGCAGCUGCUGCUUUCAGGUGCACGGGUACAGUCAGGAGCAGAGGUGUGGGCUGGGGGGAGCCCUGGGUGUUUCCUUCCGAGUCCGAGAGCCAAAGGAACUGCCUGAAAUGUUGCAUUUUAACGCUUGGCUGAAGAGUAGCUCGAAGGUCUGUUCCUUGUUUCAUCCAAAGUGUGAGUGUGGCACCCACCUGAGCAGUGCUCACAAGGAGAGCAGGGCAAUGUGUCACAGAUCUUAAAAGAUAAGUUUUGCGUGCGCUGCUGCCCUUCAUCCUGCGGCCUGGGUGAGCAGGUGUUAAUAACUCGCUUGCUCUGAUUUGUAAGGUCACCAUUUCAUAUGUCACACGUCCGCGGUGCGACCUAGCUGUAAGUUUGGGGUUUUGUGAUCUGCAGAGGUGAGCCGUCAAGAAAGUCGCAGUGCAGCGUAGCAGUGUUGUGACUGCGGAAGCGUGCUGUGCUGUCAGCCCUGGCGUUGGCUGCAGUGCCUGUGGUGGAGCUGUGUUCCGUGCACAGAGGUCUGUGCCGACGCUGUGAGGAGCGGAGCAGCAGCGCAGGAGCGAUGCCGGGCAGCACAGCUGGUGGCUGCGGUUGGCCCAGGAUGGCUUUGGCUCUUCCCUCCCAGAGGCUUAGAGCAAAGCUGAGAUUUAUGUCAGUCGUGAUGCUUCUGUCAGGACCCCGGGCUUCUGGGGUUUUGCACCACACGCUGUGGCUGCGUUUUGCGUCCUUACCCAUCGGAGAGUGGAUGCCCAGUGCGUUGCCCCGAGCUGCAGCUCAGGCACAGAUGUGACACAACCAAACAGACUUGCUCUAUUCACACAGUAAGGCCUUUCAGUUUGGGUUCAUAAUUCUGCUCUAAAUGACGGCAUCCUCUUAAUGGCGCAGAAAGGAGGGGUAGCGGCCACCUUGCUGAACGCGGUGCUGAAAUUGCGGAAAUGUCGGUACCUUAAUAAAGGCUCAUUUAAAGAAACCAUCCUUUCUUAAAGGUACUUGGUAAAUGCAUGGCACGUGUGCAGCAAGCAGCAGAGGGGGAUGGUGUUGGGGGUCAGGGUGUCCGUGCGGCCGUGGGGCAGCUCUACUGCAACAGACCAUAGCUGUGAUCAGUGACUGCGUGAUUGAGCGAUGUCUUGGAAGGAAAGGAGACGUCUUCCACGUGGAUGUUAGCAGGAGCAAUUGGAGGUGAGGAUGCCAGAUAUCACGUGCUUCGAGUCAUACACAGUUUGUAUGGAUCUCUGUAUGUUGCCAAGACAUGAUCUUUUUGUUCCUACUGUAUUUUUCUGUAAAUAUCCCUGGCGCUAAGUUGUAAAGUAAAGGCAAAAUGUAAAUAUGAAGAUGUGAACUACGUUCCCUGUCUCUGGUCCUUUAUCUCUUUAUUUGUUUAGGGAAGGCACACAAAGGCUUGUUUGUAUUUAUGCCAAUUCUUUGUCCAGGAGAAACACAUCAAAUAUUGAAUGUAACACAAUUAGUCCAAUAAAUUUUAAAGAUUCUUAUCUAGUAA